CAAUGGCAUCCCAAUACGGUGACCUCCGUCACCUCCUCCCAGGCAAUUACAAGCGUCUCAUCGCCGACUGGCUCGAAGAAGACUGUCCCAGCUUCGACUAUGGCGGCUUCGUAGUGGGGGAAUCCGAAGGCGAAGCACGAUUACUAGGAAAGAGCGAGGGUAUUCUCGCUGGUGUCCCCUUCUUCGACGAAGUCUUCUCCCAACUAGGAUGCUCAGUAACAUGGCACAUCACCGAAACAACCCCUAUCAAACCAAUCACCCACUGCGCGACCGUCACCGGCCCAAUCCGCAAGAUCCUACUGGGCGAGCGCGUCGCCCUCAACAUCCUCGCGCGCUGCUCCGGCAUCGCAACCAAGACCUCCACCCUAGUCUCCAUCCUCCGCAGCCACAACUGGCCGGGAACAUUAGCCGGCACGCGCAAGACGACCCCUGGGUUCCGAGUCGUCGAGAAAUAUGGUAUUCUCGUUGGCGGGGCGGACCCUCACCGACAUGAUCUCAGCGCCAUGACUAUGCUCAAGGAUAAUCAUGUGUGGGCGUGUGCGAAUAACUCGGCGGCUAAGGAUGGUGGCGAUAAGGAGGCGGUGGAGGAGGGGUCGAUUGUGAGGGCGAUUCCGAGGGCGGUGCAGGCGGCGAAGGCGGCCGGGGGGUUCGCGACGAAGGUUGAGGUCGAGUGUCGGAGUUUGGAGGAGGCGGAUGCGGCCAUUGAGGCGGGUGCGGAUGUGAUUAUGUUGGAUAAUUUCACGCCGGAGGGGGUGAGGGAUGCGGCGCGGAAGUUGAAGACUACUUGGGCUGGGAAGGGGAAGGCGUUUUUGGUUGAGGUUAGUGGUGGGUUGAAUGAGCAGAAUACUGCUCGUUAUGCUUGUCCGGAUGUGGAUAUCUUGUCGACGAGUUCGAUUCAUCAGGGAACUGGCAUUGUCGAUUUCUCUCUGAAGGUGUCGUUGCGAUAGUGGGUAGAUCAUGAUGAUGUGAUGUGUAUAUUCUACUUGCUAGAUAGUUGUAUUACUCCGGAUGAAGACGCAGCCUACGGAUAGCUGUGCCAGAAAUCAACAGAAUCAUCCUGCAUGUCUAUGUACAUGUGUCUCGGUGCCAUUGCUAUCUGGCUUAAAACCAACGCGUUUAA